CACAAGAGUUGCACCUAAAGAGAUCAUAUACGCAACUUAACCUGACAUUCUGACAAUUACAUCCUGUUUUCACUGCUACUAUGCAAGGAAUUUGAAGCUUAGCUUACCAAUUUGGGAAGAUUCUGAAUGAAGUUUGAGCGUUCUUUUACAAUAGUAUCAACAAGCUUAGCCAAGUGUGGAAGGUCUUUGAAGGAAAGAGAACAUAGUUUUAUCAAGUCCAAAAAGCAAAAAAAUCCAAUAUUUCUGAUAAUUCAGGCGAUGAUAAUCUGUCACAACCGUUGCAUAGAAAUUAAUUAACCUUAACUACUAUAUUCAUUCACAUGUAGUUGAAUGCACAACAAGAUUUCAUGCAGCAGCAGUAACCAUACUUGAAUGCAAAAAUUCAUCUAACCUUUUCAAGAUUUCUUGCUUCUUCAAUUCAAAACUGCCAUCGAAAUUCGCUAAGAGGUCCGAUCUCAGGUUGUUUACCCGGUUUGACUCCUACGGGUUUUGGAAAAAUCGGCGAUCCUGUCCGGUUUUCAAAAACCGAACCGGAUCAAUACCUUUUUGAAAUCUUAAAACAAAAAUUUGAAAAACCCUAACCAACCUCACUCACUCAUCACUCGCUCAUCAUUCAUCACCGAUUCUCUCUCCUCCGUACCUCACUCACCGCGCCGGUCAGCCAACAGAGGUCGCAUCUCCUGCCUCCGCGCCGCCAUUCUCCGUUAUCCUUCCUCCAUGCCUUGUUCCUCGUCGCCGGUCUCUGCCUCCUUCGCGUGACUCGUCAUCCUCUGCGUGUGGCUGUGCUGAAGCUCCGAACUCCGAAGCUUCGCCGUCCCUGACUCAGUUUCUGCUUCUGCUUCUGUAGGGCACAAAGAGCUCGAAAUGAGUGCUGCAGAAACACCAAAGAAAACCGGCACGCCCCAAAUUGUUAAGUUGGACAAGGCAUUGAAGUUGGCUGAGGCAUGGGUAAAUAGUAUGAGUAAAGGUGCUGAUGAUCAUGAUGAAAAAAUGGAUAAUGAAGUAGAGGGUCGGCCUGAAAGGCUUGGAUUAGGUGCAAAAGUUUCACGGAAAUCCAAAGUUGGUCCCUCAGAUGACCCUGUUGACAGAAAAUUGUAUGCCAAAAUGCAAGCCGAAAAAAGAAAGACAGCGAAAAUUGCUCAAGAAUCUGCUUCAGUCGCAAGCAAUGCUUUAGAUGAUGAGGAAUACGAUGAAGAAUUGGAAAGCAGAACUAGUGCGUUCACCAAGAGGAAGGCAUCAGUUCUUUCAACACUGUCUAAUAAGAAGCAAAAGUAAUGGCAUCUACUGAUUCGAGAUCCCUAUGUUUAGUUGGUUAUGAUAUUCUUUGCACUUGUCUUGCUGGCAUGAAAAAAAAAAUGAGCUUUCAUGUAAUACAGUUAUGCACUUAAGGACAAUGGCUAUAAAGUACUAUGGCGGCAUCUAAUGCUCAUUUUGACCAUGUUUCCUAUGUUCCUCUUCAGUAAUUUACAAGAAGAGAAGUAACAAUGUUAAGAGGAAAUAGUAUGUGUUCUUAUAUAUAUUUGUAUUGUUUAGCUUGCUAGCAUAUAAACUCUGAAUCUUUUUUGUAGUUAAUCAAUUACAUUUUGCACAUUGAUU